AUGUACGCCCACCUCGGCGUCACCCUAACCAUCACUCCAAUCAUCAUCCUAUCCCUCAUCAUAACGAUCGGCCGCAUCUUAAACCGCAAGCGAUUUUCCAACGCCGAUGCCUACGAUCUCGAAGCCAAUUCUUCUGAUUCCGAAAAAGAAGAUGAUGCUACUACCAAUAACGUCACUACUGCUACCACUUCUCCAAUGAUGCCUCUAAAACCUGCGAGAGUUGCACUUGCACCGCAACGAAUCCAGUAG